UUUCUUUCCUUCACGGAGUUGUUCGUGUGCGCGAGGCUGCAAGUUUAUUGGAACCAGUGGACAGGGACCGCAUCAGCGCGUGCAGACGGGCGUUCCGUGAAGAAGACAGGAGGAGCGAGCACUUCUACUCAGAAAGACGGCUGCAGGCUCAGCCCAGGGUACUGACACCGUCUCAACUAAUAUUUCUUCCCGUUCUCUGCGGUCUGCUCCAGUUUUUUAGGGCUUGCGUGCCUGGUGAUCUCUCCCUCUGCAGAAAUGGAGUUCUUUUGGACACUUGGCUCCCUGGCUCUGAUUCUGGCCCUGGUCGAGGCGCGCGGUCAGGCUUCUGAAUAUGAGAACCCGGGCUGGAAAGUGGACGGGUACAACAGCGGGCGUGGCAGCGGCAGGUCCGCGGAGUGCGUGGACAUCCCCGAGGACCUGAGGCUGUGCCACAACGUGGGCUACAGCCAGAUGCUGCUGCCCAACCUGCUGGACCACGACAGCAUGGCGGAGGUGCGGCUGCAGGCCAGCGGCUGGGUGCCCCUGGUGCUCAACAACUGCCACCCGGGCACCCAGGCGCUGCUGUGCUCGCUCUUCGCGCCCGUGUGCCUGGAGCGCGCCAUGCCGCCCUGCCGCUGGCUGUGCGAGGCCGUGCGCGCCGGCUGCUCGCCCGUCUUGGAGAACUUCGGCAUCGCCUGGCCUGACAUGCUCAACUGCGACGCCUUCCCCCAGGACGACCUCUGCAUCGUCAACACCACCCAAACCGCCUUCUCAGCAGGUCCCUCCCCUGUCUGUCCCUCGUGUGACACUGAUCCCAAAAUGGAGGUGAUUCUGGAGCACAUGUGUGCCAGCGAAUUCGCCAUCAAAGCUGAGAUCAGGGAGGUGAGGGGCGAGCCGUCGGACCGGCGGGUGAUCCUGGAGAAGAGGCGGAGGCUGCUGAAGGGCAGCCUGAGGAAGAGGGAGGUGAGGAAGCUGGUCCCGCUCCUGCGGGGCGGAGCCGACUGCCCCUGCCCCGCGCUGGAGCGCCCGGGGGGCGGGGCCACCGCCUACCUGCUCACGGGCCACACGGCAGACGGGCGCCACCUGCUCACGGGCAUCCACCGGUGGGACCGGGCCAGCCCCGCGUUCCGGAGGGCCAUGCGGGCGUACCGGGCCAACAGGUGCCCCGUUCUGCACACGGUCUCCAAAUGAACGUCGGCCCCGCGCCACCGCCACCGCCGCCGCUGUCUCGAGAACUCGCACGAAAUCGUCUCUCUUCGUACGCUCAUUCAGAGAAAAUAAAUACAGAAAAACUUAAAAAAAACAAGGUAGGUAAAGGUAUAAACAAGCACGUUACACGGCGGCAGUGAAUUUUUUGUCGUCUUCUUUUCGCCCCUCUUUGUUUGACGGGCCGUUCCGUGUCCGUUCUCAGUCGCACAUUUUUUUUGAUGGUUUCUGUAGCGAGGUGUUUUUGCUCGCUGGACUGGUCCCACCGAAACAGUCACUGGACAGACCUGCGAUCAAUGGAAAUGUGCCUCUCCGAACCUAACUGCACAAAAGGAUGCCCAAAUGUCUCUUAACAGCACUUCAGCUUGUUAGCAUGUUCCAAACCCAUACCAAAAAUAAAAUAUAAAAAAUGUUUUUUUAAACUAUUUCUCAUAUAAAAUAUACAUAUUUUACGAGUAUAUAAAUAAACACAAAAACUUAAGCAUGGAUUGUAUGAAAACCACAUGAACAUUGGCGCUGUUUCAUGGUUAACAGUAAUUAUUAUUAUUCGAUAACUAUUAAUGUAUAUGUUUUUUGUAAAAGUUUGUUUUGAACUAUUGAUAUGGUUUUCGACACAAUGGCUUACAUUCCAUCAAAUUUUACUUGCAGUAAAACAAAAUGCAGUAAUUAUGUUUUUCCCAUGUAAAUUGUUUCUCAGCAAUGUUGAUAGAUAAACUUGCCUUUGUGAAGAAAACAAAACACUAACCGGCCAAUAGCUCCUGAGGCAGAGAACCAGUGAACACCGGUGGCCUGUCAGUGCUGUUUUAUCUUUCUUUUCUUUCUUCAGAGAUCAUUAAUCAUCCGUUACUCCAUGCGUAACCAGUUUUCAGUUUCCUAUGAAGUUCUGUCAAAAAUCCGGGAAAACCCGUUUUUCUUCAUGAUACGUUCAGCUUUCAUUUUACACUCACUGUUUUAUACUGUUUUAUUAGACACCUUUAGCUUCCACGAGCAGAAGCGUUAACAAAUAUUACAGAAUGAAGAGCAUUACAUCUCUUUUCUCAUAGCACACAGUAUAGCAUAUUCACUAAGUGAUUAAUAUCCAUUUUUGACGGUCAGUGACCUCUGCCAUUGAUACCACUUAUGCAGUGUAUACCACAGGGCAGUGCGGGUGUCAGUUUUCAUCGGAUCAUGGCACUAAACAAAAUGAAUCGGUGUGAGAUUUGAUUUGGCUGAAGCAGCAAGCUUUCAGUUUCAUGUUUGAAUUUUCUUUAACGUCCAUGUUUUGGCUGGACUGUUUGAACAGUGUGAGUUUAAGUUGUAUUGCAUCACUGUGAAGCACUGUUGCCCAUUAAAUCUGCAUCCGAGGGA